GUGCCGCAGUCCAAUGAAUUAACUCGCCCACGUCUACAAGCGCUCGAUUCAAAAGUUCCUAUAAUAUUUAAGCCUAAGGAUAAAUCAUAACAUAGUACAAAACUAUCGCCGCUAACUUAAAAUAAUUAACAACUGAACUAGCCAAUAACCCUACAAACUCGAACUCCAAUUAUAUAUGCGCAAAUACAAAUACGCUCAACUGAAACUGGCAAAACUCUAAAUGCCUUCUCCUGAAGGCCCAACGUUCCAGUCAGCUGAUAAUGGAUUCGACUGCUUUCAGACUUCAGUAAACUUCAAAUCCUUUGAGGGGUAAUCAUGCCAUUGACUCAGUAAAUUGCUCCAAUAAUGGUAAUGACGACGGCUCUCCAAUGUCCAGUUCUGAUGUGGAAACUUUUAACGGCAAAAUAGUUUACAAUCUCGAUGGCAGCGCCAUUAUUAUCGACGCAGACAAUGCCAACGGAAGUGGAUCGGUGUCUGCUCAAAGUUUAUAUGCCUUAACUUCGGCUUCAGCAAAGAAACUCUCAAAGGUCAAAGACAGUGGGCAGGAGGAGAAACGAAAAGAACACCAGCAUCAAGAACAUCAACAACAUCAACAACAUCAACAACAUCAGGAAGAAAGCGAGGAACAGGAGCAGGAUCGAACCGAUGCUGAUGUGGAUGUGGACGCUGGUCCUGGUGUCGAAGCCUUAGGAGGAGCAACCUACAAAUUGAGUCCUAAAAUCCAUUCGUUUCGUGUGGUGUCCGCGCAAGAUGCAAACUCAACUUGCCAGGAUCAAAUCAGAGCGUUCAAAAUCCACAAACCAAUUUUAAUGUGUUUUAUAUGCAAGUUGUCCUUUGGCAACGUCAAGUCCUUUAGCCUGCAUGCAAACACUGAACACAGACUCAACCUGGAAGAGCUGGACCAGCAGCUCCUUAAUCGCGAGUACUCCAGUGCCAUUAUUCAGCGAAACAUGGAUGAAAAGCCGCAGAUAUCCUUUCUGCAGCCCUUGGACAACAACGCCACCUGUGCUGCCAGCGACGACACCGAGAAGCUUCAAGUAGCCCCUGAUGGCACUGCCGCCACUCUGCCGCCGUCUCCGCAGCUAGUUCUCGGCAACGAGUCCAAGCUGGAGCCCGAACAGAAGCUGGAGACUGAGCAGGUCCGGGUCCUGGACCAGGGCCACGAGCAGAAGCCUGAAGGCGAUCAGGACACUAGUAGUAGUAAGAUGGCAGCACCUAGUGCAUAUCUCCCAUUAUCAUCAUUAUCGCCCAAAGUAGCAGCGAAAUCAACUGUGAAACUUGGUUCCUUAAACUCAGCAACAGCAAAGACUAAUAACCUAUCGAAAGUAUCCUCAACCAGUUCACCCACAUCGGCAUACGCGUCCGGAGAGCUCUCAUCACCCAGUACUGAUAAUAUAAGUAUCAAUAAGUCAACCAGUUACAACCCAGCAACGGAGCCGCCGUCGUCGUCGUCGUCGGAGGUCGAAGUGAAGCUGGGCUCCAUGUCCGCGUCACCCCAAACGAAUGACUCGGAUGUGCCCUGCCAGGACUUCCUGCAGCUGCAGCAGCUAGCGGCUGGUGGCAUUUACCCUCCUCAAGUCAGUUCCUUCCAUGCCUCUCUAGCCGCGCUGGCCGCCAAUGAGUCUAACGACACCCGGGUGAAGCUCAUCACAGAGUUCCUCCAGCAGCAGCUUCAGCAACACCAGCAGCACCAGCAGCACCAGCAGCACCAGCAGCAGAGCUCGUUGUUUCCCAGCCAAUGUCCUGAUCACCCCGACCUCAAUGGCGUGGACUGCAAGACCUGCGAACUCCUUGACAUCCAGCAGCAGCCGAAGUCUCCGUCCUCCUCUCACCAGCAUCUCGCACAGUCUCUGCCUCAGCUGCAGCUUCAGGUGCAGUCGCAGUCCCAGUCGCAGUCCCAGUCGCAGUCCCAGUCGCAGUCGCUGCCCCAGCAGAUUCCACAUCGCUCUCCUUGCGGUAACAGUGUUGGCCUGGCCAUAUCGCCCACUGCCUCAUCGGUGGCCAGCGUGGGAAAUGCGUCGAACGCCACUUCCAGCUUCACAAUCGGCGCCUGUUCCGAGCACAUCAACGGUCGUCCCCAAGGAGUGGACUGCGCGCGGUGUGAAAUGCUUCUAAACUCGGCUCGACUAAACAGCGGCGUGCAAAUGUCUACUCGCAACUCCUGCAAGACUCUGAAAUGUCCGCAAUGCAAUUGGCAUUACAAGUACCAGGAGACACUGGAGAUCCACAUGCGGGAAAAGCAUCCCGAUGGGGAGAGUGCCUGUGGCUAUUGCCUUGCAGGACAACAGCAUCCUCGGCUGGCUCGGGGGGAAUCCUACUCCUGCGGUUACAAGCCGUACCGCUGCGAAAUCUGUAACUACUCCACGACCACCAAGGGCAAUCUUUCCAUUCACAUGCAAUCGGACAAGCACCUGAACAACAUGCAGGAGCUGAACAGCUCCCAAAACAUGGUAGCUGCAGCGGCGGCCGCUGCGGCGACUAGCAAGCUGCUCCUCUCCAGUUCGUCUCCGGCUCACCAGGGCGCCAGUGCGGGUCCGUCCAACAGUGGAUCGGUAGGAGCCUCCGGCGGCGCCGGCUGCAGCGGAGCCAACAGUGUGGGCGGCAACGCAUCUCUGGGUGCAAACGCAGUAGCCGCAGGCACCGGUGCAUGCAACCCUGGUGCCAACGCCGGGGGCAGUGCCAGCAGCUCCAGUGGCAAGCCCAAGCCCUCGUUUCGGUGCGACAUCUGCAGCUACGAGACGUCCGUGGCCCGCAACCUGCGCAUCCACAUGACCAGCGAGAAGCACACCCACAACAUGGCUGUGCUGCAGAACAACAUCAAGCACAUCCAGGCGUUCAACUUUCUGCAGCAACAGCAGCAAGGGUCCAGUGGCAAUGUCCCUGGACUCGGCUCCGGGGGCUUCAUGCCCGAGGUUGCGUUGGCCGAUCUGGCGUACAACCAGGCGCUCAUGAUCCAGCUCCUCCACCAACAGCAGCAGCAGCAGCAGCAGCAGCAGCAGUCAGCUAGUACCAAAUUAUCACCCUCAUCCUCACCCGUGAGCACUCCGGAUCAGUUCUCCUUCUCCCCAAAGCCAAUGAAGAUCAGUCACGGAGCAAGCGUUGGCAUGGGCCUGGGAAUGCCGAUGGGAAUGAGUCACUCGAACGACGUGCCCGGCGAUUUGUCUGGCGAUCCGCAUCCACUGACGAAGACGGACAAGUGGCCCACGGCGUUCUACAGCUGUCUUAUCUGCGACUGCUUCAGUACGAACAACCUGGACGAUCUCAACCAGCAUUUGCUGGUGGAUCGGUCACGGCAAUCCUCCAGCGCCUCCACCGAAAUAAUGGUCAUCCACAAUAACAACUACAUAUGCCGGCUGUGCAAUUACAAGACGAAUCUCAAGGCCAAUUUCCAGCUGCACAGCAAGACCGACAAGCAUCUGCAGAAGCUCAACUUUAUCAACCACAUACGCGAGGGCGGCCCCCGCAACGAGUACAAGCUGCAGUAUCAGCAACAGCUGGCCGCCAACGUGGUGCAGCUGAAGUGCAACUGCUGCGACUUCCACACCAACUCUAUCCAGAAGCUGUCGCUGCACACCCAGCAGAUGCGGCACGACACGAUGCGGAUGAUAUUCCAGCACCUACUGUACAUUGUUCAGCAGAGUCAGAUGCACCAGAAGGCUCCAGGCACGGCGGAGGAUGAUCCCCAGUGCUCCGGAUGUCCGGAUGAGGAUCAGCAGUUGCAAGCGCAGUCCACCAAAAAGCUGCUCCUCUGUCAGCUGUGCAACUUCACCGCUAAGAACCUGCAUGAAAUGGUUCAGCAUGUGAAGGGUAUGCGACACAUGCAAGUCGAGCAAUUCAUAUGUUUGCAGCGUCGGAGUGAAAACCAAGAAAUACCCGCACUAAGCGAGGUGUUCAAAGUGACGGAGUGGAUUCUGGACAACGAAGAAGUUACUUUCGAGAGUGGCUUUAACUUGGCCAGACCGGAACCAAAUGAUAGUACCUCCGAUGUCAGCUUUGCUGCAGCAUCAUCUGCGACUGCCCCUGCCAUUCCAGAUGUCAGUAUUUUUUCACCGACUUCUCCUUUGAGUUGCGCGACGUCAUGCGGCAAGAGUUUGGGCUAUAUUGCAUCGCCCAGCGCAAAUAGCUUUGGCUCAGGUGCCGGUGCCGCAGUCCCCACCACAGUAUUCAAGUGCAAUCUCUGCGAAUACUUCGUGCAAUCGAAAGGCGACAUGGCUUCUCACAUCGAGACUGAGCACCCAUGCGCUGAGAGUGAUGACUUUAUCAGUAUACCAACCAACACCGCUGCCCUGCAGGCUUUCCAAACAGCUGUGGCAGCAGCUGCGCUAGCUGCGGUGCAACAGCGUUGCGCCGCUAUCCAUGCACCGACGCAAGAUGAUGCCGAAGCGGACAAGAACUCGGACGCGAAUGCUGCUGACGGCCCAGUGGCCAUCAAGCGGGAGCGGCUUGAGGAGGAGGACGAUCCCAUGACCGCUGUAGAGGACACCAAAGAGAUUACUUCCCAGGCGCCGGCCUCUUCGGAGUCGCCGAAACACUCGGACGCGGACACUCAAGUCGGAGUUCAGUGUCCCUUGUGUCUGGAGAACCAUUUCCGGGAGAAGCAGUACCUGGAGGCCCAUUUAACAAGCGUGCACAGCGUUACCAGGGAUGGCCUUUCUCGGCUUUUGUCGCUUGUGGAUCAGAAGGCCUGGAGGAAAGGAAGUGAGAGCAUCGGCAAAACCUCCCAAGUUCUGUAUGCCAAUAGCAACACGGAGGAGGCGCCCCCAGCACCUAGUGAAGUCUUCGAGGAGUGCACUUCCAGCCUUUCGGCCUCCAGUACAAACGCAGCCAAGGGCACCACUGCCACUAACACGAGUCUCCCAGUGGGAAUGCAGGGGCUCUCCUGCCAGCAGUGCGAGGCAAGCUUCAAGCACGAGGAGCAGCUGCUUCAGCACGCGCAACAGAACCAGCAUUUCUCGCUGCAAAACGGAGAGUACUUGUGUCUCGCGGCCAGCCACAUAAGUCGGCCCUGCUACAUGAGCUUCAGGAGCAUUUCAGCUAUGAUCAGCCACUUCCAAGACUCGCACAUGAGCUUAGUCAUCUCGGAGCGCCAUGUCUACAAGUAUCGGUGCAAACAGUGCUCCCUGGCGUUCAAAACCCAAGAAAAGCUCACCACGCACAUGCUGUACCACACAAUGCGGGAUGCCACAAAGUGCUCCCUUUGCCAACGCAACUUCCGCAGCACGCAGGCGCUGCAGAAGCACAUGGAGCAGGCGCACCCAGAGGAUGGAGCACCACCAGCCAGGUCGAAUAGUCCGCAGACGCCGACAAUGAUUGCCGAGGAGGGGCAAAACCAUUCAUCGGGGGAGGCCCAUGCCCAAGAAAGAGAGGUCCCAGGGACUGAUGGCUCAACGCUUCGUGCGGAAUCGCAAGCCAGCAAGGAAACGAGGCACUUGACACCCAGCCCAAUGUCUCAGGACGCCCAGACCCAGCAGCAAUACCUCGCAACCUUCGCAGCCUUGCUAAAGCAGCAGCAGUGCAACUCAGAUGUAGGCCUCCACCCCGAUGCCUUGUCACUGUCCACUGGAGAGUUUUCUCAGCACUUGCAGGGCCUACAAAAUUUACAAAAUCUUCAGCACAUUCAACAGCAGUUUGGGAGCGUAGCUGCCGCAUCGGGACUACCGAUUAAUCCUGUGGACAUGCUAAACCUGAUGCAGUUUCACCAUUUGAUGUCCCUUAACUUCAUGAACCUUGCACCGCCCUUGGUCUUUGGCGCCGGGGCCUCCGGAAGCAACGCUGUUCCCGUGUCAACAGGCCAAAACAACAGCAUUACCUCCUCCGCGGCUGCUGUGUCGGGAUUGGCUGAUGUUCAGCUCGCCAGCGGAGUCAACGCCUUACCGGUGGACUCUGCUAAGGCUUCGAUGGUCUCAGCUCAGCCUCAGCACAAUGUCAACUCAAACUCCCAGCUGGCCAGCAACCAAAAGCGGGCCCGAACGCGUAUAACAGAUGACCAGUUAAAGAUUUUACGCGCACAUUUCGACAUAAAUAACUCGCCAAGCGAAGAAAGCAUAAUGGAAAUGUCACAAAAAGCAAAUCUACCGAUGAAGGUGGUAAAGCACUGGUUUCGAAACACGUUGUUUAAAGAAAGGCAACGGAACAAGGAUUCUCCCUAUAAUUUCAACAACCCACCGUCGACAACUCUUAAUUUGGAGGAGUAUGAACGCACAGGUCAGGCCAAAGUCACGCCACUAAAUGAUACUAGCAGCGUCGCAAUAACAGCGCCAAUGACGACAGCAACGAUUUCAUCAGCAUCGCCUGCUAUCACCAACCUGAGCUCAAAAGAAAACGCAGCUACAAGGGUAACCACGGUUGGAAAAGCAAUCGCUUCAGUGCCCGUCUUGUUUCCUGCUACUGUUCCAAUCUCAACGCCAGUUUCUCGCCCAGAAUCUACGAACUCGAGCGGCAAUAUAUCCGAUUACCUUAGCAAUAAUUUAUUCUUUGGACAGCAGGGAGGUAAGGACCAAGGCUUGCCAUAUCCUGCAGAAGAGCAAAUAAAAUCGGAGCCUCAGGACAAUAUGAUUGGGGCCAAUGACUUCGCAUUCCAAACAAAGCAGCAGCCAAACUUUAACUUUUUAAAGCACCAGCAGGAACUUGUGGACCCGCAAGAACAAUCUCUUACAAAUCAAGACACGGAUAUUUCUCAGGACCAAUCAAUACUUGCAGGUUCUUCCAUUACGGCUCACUGUCAAAGCCAACAGCAAACAAACAUCUUUGAAACGAAAUCGGAGAGUGGUAGCUCCGAUGUAAUGUCACGUCCUCCUACUCCGAGCAGUGCAGCUGCGGGAAACCUCUACGGCAGUAUGAAUGAUUUGAUAAACCAGCAAUUGGAAAACAUGGGCAGUAACAUGGGACCACCAAAAAAGCUUCAGAUUGUUGGCAAAACUUUCGACAAGAACUCAACACCACUCUCCAGUUCGGCGAGUGCUAGCACUCAGUUUGAAAGCAACUCCUCAAACUCAUCGAGUUCUUCAUCUUCGACAUCAGGUGGCAAGCGAGCGAACCGAACUCGCUUCACUGACUAUCAAAUAAAGGUUUUACAGGAAUUUUUCGAGAAUAAUUCUUACCCGAAAGACAGUGAUCUUGAGUAUUUAAGCAAGCUCUUGUUGUUGUCUCCCCGUGUCAUCGUGGUUUGGUUUCAAAACGCCAGGCAAAAGCAACGCAAGAUUUAUGAAAACCAACCGAACAACUCGCUUUUCGAAAACGAGGAGACCAAAAAACAAAACAUCAACUAUGCGUGCAAAAAGUGUAGUUUGGUGUUCCAGCGGUACUACGAGCUCAUACGACAUCAGAAGAAUCACUGCUUUAAGGAGGAGAAUAACAAAAAGUCAGCCAAGGCCCAAAUUGCUGCUGCUCAAAUCGCCCAGAACUUAAGCUCGGAGGACUCCAACUCCUCCAUGGACAUACACCAUGUUGGUAUCUGUCCGUCAGGCUCAUCAGUGGUUUCGCAAGCCGUUUCUGCAGCUCCUCUGGCGGGACAGUUCGCACAGCAAUCAUUUGGCGCUCUGCCCUCACCACAGCAUAUGUUUGCGAAGUCUGCCUCCCUCACUGACUUCAGCCCUUCCACGACUCCUACGCCCCCCCAACGAGAACGCAGCAACAGCCUAGACCAUCCACAACGGCCUUCCAAGUUCGACUGUGAUAAGUGCGAACUGCAGUUUAACCACUUGGAGAAAUUGCGAGAGCACCAACUAUUGCACCUGAUGAAUCCAGGUAACAUUUUUUCAGAUGCAGGCCAGAACUCCAAUCCAGACGCCAACUUCGGUCCGUUCGGCAGUAUACUGCAAAGCCUACAGCAAGCAGCGGCGCAACAACAACAACAACAACAACAACAACAGCAGCCUCAACAGCCUCAACAUCAACCACCUCCGACAAAAAAGCGAAAAUACUCGGACAGCUCUUCCAAUCCAGAUGAAAUGCCGACCAUAUCGGAACUCGAGGCUUCACAUAAGAAGCACGAGUUCCUGUAUAAAUAUUUCAUGCAGAACGAAACGAACUCAGAGCUGAAACAGCAGUUUCUCAUGCAAAGCCAACACAAGAAGGCGUUGCAGUUUCAAUCCCAAGAGCAAGGCACUGAAUCCGACUUUGAACUAGAGUUCUUAACCAAUUUCUAUCAGCAGAGUGAGUUGAAGAAAGUCAGUAACUAUGACUUUCUACUGCAGUACUACCGCACUCAGGAGGAGGCAGCCCUAAAGACCAAAUCCAAGCAACAGCAUCCGUUUAGCUCCAGUAAGAAGCCAACUAUCGAGUUCCUACUGCAGUACUAUCAACUGAACGAGUCAAAGAAGUUUUUUCAGUUAGUUGCCUCGCCCCAAAUAAUGCCUGAUGGCCUAGGCUACAAGCCGUCGUCGCCGAUGCUAAAAGCUACGACGGAUGGAAUCAUUGACGUUAACGCCGAAACAUCGUUGGCGCAGGCAACAGAACUACGAAAAGAGGAGCAGGAGGAACAAUUCAGCAUAGACAGGCCAUGCGACGAAAAUGAGUUGUUCAAGACCAAAAAUGAAGUGGAAAAGCUUAAUAACAAUAACAUUAACGUUAACGUUAAUAUCAACUCGGCACAAACCGAUACAACCGUGGCGAACGAUAUCGAAUCAGUUGAAAUGGCAGAAGAGGUGCCAGUGGCUCCUACAUCAAUAGCAAUUAAUGACAAUGGCAAAUAUUUGAGCGCGAGAUCCUUACAAACAGACGACAAGGACAAAUCUCAGUACCUACACAACCUUGAGGAUUUUCUGGAUGCCACUAUGAUAGAGAAUAACUCUCAGACCCUGACUUUUAAUGAUGACGACAAAGCUUGCCAAAAGGACGAAGCGAAUAUAUCGAUCCAUAAAGCAAACGAUAUGGAGAAACGCUCUUCUGUGUCUCCGGUUAACGUUUCAUCCAAACAAAACAAACGCCUACGUACAACCAUACUUCCGGAGCAACUUAACUUCUUGUAUGAGUGUUACCAAUCCGAAUCAAAUCCAAGCCGAAAAAUGCUGGAAGAGAUAUCUAAGAAAGUAAAUCUUAAGAAACGAGUAGUGCAAGUCUGGUUUCAAAAUUCUCGCGCCAAAGACAAGAAAUCUCGCAACCAGCGACACUAUGCCCACAUAUCUGACGACAACAGCUAUGAUGGCUCAAGUGGCAAAGACGUUGCCAGCGACCUGAAAGCUAAUGGCGUAUCCGCGGAUCAGGAUCACGAACUAAACCUUCAGGACUGCCAGCUGUGCCAAGUCACCCAAGUCAACAUCCGAAAGCACGCUUUCAGCGUAGAGCACAUCUGCAAGAUGAAGAAGCUACUCGAACAAACCACCGAGCUUUAUGCCCAGAGCAAUGGCAGCGGCAGCGGCAGCGAUGACAACGAUUCCGACAGGGAAAAGAGAUUUUACGACUUAUCGAAGGCCUUUCUGCUCCAACAUGUUGUUUCAAACGCGGCAAGCAACGCCAAUCUCACACCGGGAUCUGGACAGGACUCAAAUGCUCUUCCUGAGAAGAACUGUUUGCUUAACUAUAACACUGCUGGUGGUGACUCGAAGAGUCACAUCCAGCACAACAUGCCUGCCGAGAUCGGCAAUGAUGAAGUCCGUAAGAUCGCUGGUAAUCAGGAACUUAUGCAGCAGCUAUUCAACCGAAACCAUAUCACCGUUAUAGGUGGAAAGUAAAUUGGAGUGUUUGUAUGGCCUUAUAACCGUGGUGGUGGUUAAAACUUAGACUACGAAUGGAAAAAUGAUUGCAUAUUGAGAUGCGAAAGAUACGUACACGACAUAAAUACGAACAUAAACAAACCAUACUACGAAAACUAAAAAGUUCCUAUUUUAAUGAAAUUUAUAAAAACAUUGACAUUCCAUGAACCAAGUGAAUAUACAGAUAUAUGUAUUGAAAUUCUUGCGAAUACCUAUUUCAACAUUAGUAAGAAUUUCUUAGUUAUACGGCAGUGUUCCUAACUAUUCAAAAUAUAAAUUAGCGAUAAUCUUAAAGUAUACACAAUUGUGGCAAUCCUAAAUAAUUCGAAAUGGAGGGCUUAAUUUUGAUAAGUCGAAAUACCAUGGCAGCUCCAAACAAAAUUAUAUAACAACUAGAUACAUAUAUAAUGAACUAGAUUUAAUGACACGUAAACUGAGUUCCUAGCAUUUGAUUGCUUUAUGCCUUUGUUUUCUAUAUUAGAAUGUAAUCAAUGAACACUAAGAUCUGCUUCGGCAUGCCGAUCUUUUAAAUAUUUUUCAAAAGUUUAAGAAAUACAGUGGUUCCUAUUAAAUUUUCGGAAACUGUACAAGGAUAUGAACAUAUAAACCGCUUUUUAUUUAUUUAAUUAUGUCAUAAAUAUGCUGAGAGUAAAUGUGCCAAUAUUUUAUUUUGCAAUGCAUGCUUAUAGCAUAGAAAACAUUGUAUCUUUGAAGCUAUAUUAUACUCAAAAUUGAAUGCGUUCCAAAUUCUAUAAAAACGAACACGUAUCCUAACUAAUUAAAAAAGGAAGAAAAAACAAAUGAUUAAAAAACAUUGUAUGAGUUUUAGUUGUUGGUUUGUACCUCUAAAUUCCUUUCCAUGUUAAAUAUUUGUUACGGCGAGUUAAAUUAUUAAUUCACAUUCAAAAAUAAUUUUGUAUUUUUAAUGAAACAUAUUUGAAAUUUAUGUUUUAGACUUAAAAGAAUAAAUGUAAACUUCUAAGCGAAGACAGGAGUUACUAUUUCACAAUUGCGUUGAUUUUUUAUUGAAGCUUCCAAUACAGAACUUAGAAUUUAAAGUAAAAUCUCAGCUUUUUAUUGUACCGUUAUUUACUAUAUAUAAUUUUUUUAUAUUUUCCCUGCCAAUCUAAGUAAAGAUAUUUUGAGAGGACACAGUUGGCCCAAAAAACAGUUAAAUGAUAUUUAAACAAAAUAGUGUUAGACUGAUUCCCUUUUCUAAAACUUUUAAAUUACCCAUAUUUAUAUGUAUUCAAUGUCAUUCCGCAUCACUUAGAUUCAUACGUACUCGUAUAUGCAUAAGUGUAUUGUUAACUGCAAAAAAAUAUAUACAUAUGUUGCAAAACAUAAGAAAAAUGUACUAAGAAGUUCCUAUAGAAUUUAAUAAAAAGAAAUACAAAUAUAUUUACGUGUAAGUUCAGAAAUAACAUUAUUUUCUGUUUAUCUAAUUUUAAAUUAUGACAGGAAAAUGAUGAAGAAGUAAUCAGCAUAUGUCCAUAUUAACAUUAGAAUAUUAAAAAUGUGUGCAGUGUUUAAAAUCCCAUAAUCAUUUCAUAAAAUAAUUAUUUUCAUACCUAUGUACUUAAGCAUUCAUAAUUGCCAAGAAACACAGAUUGACAUAUUUGGACAUAAUAGCAGUCUUACACUUUCAUAUAUAUAUGUAUAUGAUGUAUAUGAUCAUGAAACUAUACCCUCGCAAUUGCAAAUAUGUACUAGUUAACAAAACUAGUCGGUACGAUAAACAUAUUUGAUCAACAUACAUAUGUAACACACAAAAUAUAAUGCGAUUUCACAGACGAGAUCAGAACUUUUAUUGCUCAAUAGAUAGCCACCAUAUAUACUUUCGUAUGUAUGUAUAAAUAUAUAACAUAUCACCAUAAACAUACUUAACCAGACUAAUCCUUAAAAAGUUUGGUCUGUUCCUUUUUUCCAAAUACAAUUUUUAGCAAUGACCUUGUCUUUAUGUUUUUUAAUUGACUACAUAUAUAGUUUGUGAUUAUUAUGUUAAUUUAUCCUAGGUUCUCUACUGGGUUUCCUCUGAGCUAAGUAAUUGUACAUAUAUAUUUUGUGUGUUAGUGGGAAUGCUAAGCGCAUUUUUGCCAAUCAUAUACAUAUGUAUGUACAACGUUGCUAUUAGUUAAUCGAUUUAAACAAUAUUCUUGCUAUACAAAUACAAAUACUUGAUUCGUAUAUUCAGAGUAAGUAAACUUAAACGUAAACGUAAUUUUAAUGUCAAUCUAUGUAUUAAUCAGAGUUACUACAAAUAUUGGGUAAAACUUGAAAAAAGGAAAAAUAAAUACAUAUUUAUAAAGUUCCUAUAUAUUUAAUAAUUGGCAAAAGAUGUGCAUAUAUUAUAAAAUUAUAACUUAAUAAAGAUAUGAACAAAAAACACAUGUGUUUUGUUCCAUGUAAAGCUGGUCAAGAACUUGUGGCAUUUAGUUUAAA